AUGGCUCUGCCAGAACCGAUCCGAUCUGACAAAGCCUCCAUAGGCUCACCUCUCCAGCGUCCCAAACGUGGUCUACCAAGGCCGGGAAAGGGUGCACGACCCCCCUUCAUCAGCCCGAGCAGGCAGCAGUUGGAGCAGCCGGAGAGGGAAGAUGUGUCAUUGGUAUAUGUUAAAUUAUUAGUGUUGCAGCUACCAAAGGCAUUCUCACUUAUUGACGUGUUUUUAUUUCAGCAGUUCUCUGCCAAAGAUGUUGACCACGCCACGGAGGGAAUAUUAACUAAUAUUUUCACCGGGCUUUCCUACACGGUCAUAUAUUUUGAUGGUUGGAAUGGAUUUGGAGCAUCCGCUGUUCUUAGAUCCAUAGCUGCAGUGCUUCCAUCUAGGAGAACCACUCCGGAACUGUACUUUGACAAAAUAAUUUAUAUAGAUUGCUCAGAGUGGAAAAACAGAAGAGGAGUGCAGAGGGCAAUUGCAGAGGAAUUGCAAAUUGAUCACUCUGUAAUGGCUAUUCUAGAUAAGCAAGAUGAAGAUGAUGAUUUUCAUGGACAUGAUGAAAGCCUGAGGCAUGAGAUAGAUAGUGUUAGUCAAGUGAUUUAUCGUACCAUGAGGGAUAUCACAUUUGUAAUGAUUUUUCUUAAUGGGGGUGAUGAUGAAAUUGACGUAGGUCUCAUGGGUAUUCCUCUAGGAAGAUAUGACAGCAAGAACAACAGGGUGAUAUGGACCUUCAACAGAAGCUGCCUGAGCAUGCAUCACGACCAUUCCGAGGUAGCAAAAAAGCUAACAUAUACUCAGCUUUUCUGUUAUUGCGAUAUCAAACUAUUGACAAGCUCACAGUUUCUUGGACUGCUACAUCAACAAGCUGCUUCCAUCGUUGCUCGCAACCCCUAUAUGCUGGACAUCAACCCAACAAUUCUUGUAGAUUGCUGUCUCUAUGAGUUAUUCCUGCAUUAUGAUUUCCACACGGCCAGUAAAUUUGAUUGGGUUUCUCAUGCUUCCAACUAUUGGACAUGCGAUGCAAUCAUACAAGGGGACAGAGCAAGGGAUAUUUGUAAUGCAUUCUAUCGAGAGAUAAAUUGGAAGUGUGAUGCUUCUCUGCUUGAGGAUGUUCUUACAGAGUGUAUGAAACAAUUGGAGUGUCCGUUUCUGGUAAUCAAAGAUGAUGAUAUCUAUGAAGAAGGCCCGUACCGUUGGAUUUCAGUCACAUGGAGGAAUACAGAACUUCUUGGUAUGCAAACUAUACCUGCAAUGACGAAAUCUUUCUUCUUGGCCUUUGAAAGAUCUGACCAUCCACAAACUUUACCAAAUGGAUUCUUUGAACAUUCAAGCAAGCUUGGUGUGCUAGUUCUCUGCUGGUGUGCCUUCAGUUUUGCAUCACCCCCUUUCUUGAAGUGCCCUCGACUAAGAUUCCUCGGAUUGGACCACUGUACAGAUAAGAAAACAAUAGGAGACAAUCAUACAGAGUGGUUAUGUUUGUAUAGCUUGUGGGUCCUGGACCUACAAUACACAAACUGGAAUGAAAUCUUAUCCGAAGAAAAGAUGGAUCUCAUGACUAAUGUCAAAGAGCUGAAUAUAGAGGGAGUCAUGGGCUGGCAGUACAUAGCUCACCUACAAUGCCGGUUACCUAACCUCCAGAGGCUCCGAAUAAUCAAACCAACAUGUCAAUGGGAGACAUCGCAGGAUGUUGAUAACUCCUUUACAGAUAAGGCAAGUAUGGAAAUACUGGAUUUGUCUGGCAAUUGUGACAUGAAAAUUCUUCCAACAAGCCUAUCUAAGGCAUGUAGCCUCCGGUUGCUUGUACUUGAUGGUUGUGAUGGGCUGGAAAGCGUUGGUGGGCUUCCUCCCUCCCUCGAAUCCUUUAGCUUUAAUGGAUAUGGGCCAACUUCUCAAUGGACACAGACUGUUGAGCUACCUCCAAAACAAUUUCGUCCAUCCAGCACAACAGAUAAGAAUGAUGUCAGAAUAUCCAAUAUCUCCUUAGCAGGCUGCACACAAUUGGAGAAUUUGUUCUUGUGCUGGCUACCCAACCUUGUCGAAUUGGACCUCUCUGGAACAGCAAUCAAGAUACUUGACUUCAAGACUAUGGUGGUGCAAGUCCCAAGGCUCAAGAGACUGUUUCUAAUAGGAUGCAAGCACCUUCGUGCAAUUACCUUUUUGGGCGAGAGUGUUUCUGACCUGGAGUUGAUGUGCGUAGACACGCGAGAUGGAAUUGUGUGUCCUCGGCCAUCUAUCAGCAAAAACAAACCUUCUGGGCUGCAGAUCCAUGCUGUUGUUGUGGAUGCGAGGUUUACUCACUCCUUGCGUAAUCUGAUUUCUAAUUAUAUAGAAAAUGUUCAUUUUAAUAUCCACUUCACCUCCUCACCUGUGUAUGAUGGGGUUAUUCAAUUUGAAGCAACUAGCAAGGAUAUGAUUGGCACCAGUGAUCAAGAGAGUCUACAUCUUAUUCCAACAGACCAGUAUACUGAUGUCCUUGGGAUGGUUGGUGCUGCCCGAAUGCAGGCCUUUCCACAACCUCCUAGUACAAAGUCUGAUCGGCAUGUAGAGAUUGCUGAAGGGAGCUUCUAUGUUGAAAAGGAACUUGACUCACUGAUGGCAAAUUAUGUGGAAUCCCUGCAAGUGCAUGAUGUCUCGGUACGUGCUAUUGUGCCACGAGGCCGUUGGUGGGGCAAGCUUAGGUGGUGUUGCGUGGAGAGGUGCCCAAAAGUGGAUACUGUCUUCCCUAAGAAUUUAUUGGCAUUUACUGCAUUGGAGAACUUGUGGGUGUCAGACCUCCUGAUGGCCCGCUCCAUUUUGAGUAAAAUUCCACGCUUUAAUCAAUAUAGCGUUAUCAGUUCGUUUGGAAAUUUACAACGCCUUCAGCUGCGUUCAUGCCCCAGCCUCCAGUUUCUGCUCCCAGUGUGGGUGUCCUCCUUCCCCAGCUUGGAGACCCUCCACAUCAUCCACUGCGGCGACCUCAGCCACAUCUUCACACUGGACGAAAAGUACCCCGAAGAAAUAACUACCCGCGGCGUACUAUUCCCGAAGCUGACAACCAUCCACCUGCACGACCUGCCAAAGCUGCACAACAUAUGUGAGGUCAAAAUGGUGGCCCCAAUGCUCGCGAGCCUCAAAAUCAGGGGAUGCUGGAGCCUGCGCCGGCUGCCAUCCAUAGGUGCCCGUAGCCGUGGCAAGAAGAAGCCAGCCGUCGAGAUUGAGAAGGACUCUAACAGGGACGCUCUGGAGUGGGACGCCGGUCACCGCCCCGACCACUUUGAGGCGCCCAUCCACUCGCGCUACUACAGGGAGAAGUUGCACAGGGUCUCCGUCCUCAGGUACUGA